AUGGACAUUCACUGCCCUUUCCUUCUUGCAGCCAAUCACAUUGAUGUACUGAAGAUUUUGGACCUAUCAGACACAAUGGAGGGCGUGUCAUUAGAGGCGGGGCUUUGUACCAAUAGGCGGGGCAUGGAGGAGGUGGAUCUUGCUUAUAAAAUUGAAAAGAAGAUACAAGUCAGUAUUCCAACUAAACAACUUUUUCCGGACUCAGAGUUCCCGGUAGAUUUCUCCCUGCUGGCGACGGUGCGUGCGCAGCGUGGAGCUCAGUGCUUCCUGCUGUCAUUGUACGACCCUGAGGGGGUGCAGCAGCUGGGUGUGGAGCUGGGACGCUCCCCAGUCUUCCUCUAUGAGGACCAGGACGGUCAGCCCACCCCAGACCUCUACCCUGUCUUCAAGAAGGUCAGCCUGGCCGAUGGCAAAUGGCAUAGACUGGCAUACAGUGUGGAGGGUAAGAAGGUCACACUCUACCUAGACUGUCAAAAGAUCAUGACCCUUGACCUCCCAAGAGGUCAAGACCCCAAAGUCAGCACUGAGGGAGUCACUGUGUUUGGGACGCGCCUACUGGAUGAGGAAGUGUUUGAGGGAGAGAUUCAGCAGUUAUUAAUAGUGCCAGACCCCAGUGCUGCUGCAGACUAUUGUCAGAACUACAUUCCUGACUGUGACUCCGCCCUCCCCUACAGCAGCCUAUCACUGGACCCAGAGGAGGUUCAGAAGAUUCCCAAGAAACCUUUUGUUGAGGAAUAUGACGAUGACUUAUACAGUGAUCUUUACAGUGACCUCUCCCAGUCCAUGGAUACCCCAGACUUGAACAACACAGAGUAUGAGAUGGUGGAAUAUGAUGAUUUUAACAAUGAAACAGAGCACAUCGUGCAGGAGUAUGAGGAGUACGAAACAUAUGAAGAGUAUGACAAUCGUUAUGGUCCUGCGACAAGAAAUGGAGAGGACUUUUGGAAUGGACAGGCGCAACCUGAGAAAGGUCAGAAGGGAGAACCCGCAGUUUUAGGGCAGGGCACACUGAUCGAAGGACCCCAUGGUUUACCAGGCCCUGAGGGCCCUCCUGGGGAGCCUGGACCAAUGGGACCCCCAGGACCAAGAGGAGAUCCAGGAGAUCUGGGUCCUCCUGGUCGGUCAGGGCUUGCAGGGACAGAUGGUAUACCAGGACCUCCAGGGAACUUGCUGAUGCUACCGUUCCAGUGGGGUGGACAGGCUCGUGAUGGACCUGUCAUUUCUGCACAGGAGGCUCAGGCUCAGGCUCUUCUGAAACAGACCAAGCUCUCUCUGAAAGGACCUCCAGGACCAUUGGGACUGACUGGACGACCUGGUCCACUGGGUGCCCCAGGGCCCACAGGACUGAAGGGGGAGAGUGGCUUACCUGGGCCAGCGGGUACCCGUGGGGUGCCUGGGGUACCAGGGCCAAAUGGCAAACCUGGGAAAAGGGGGCGUGCAGGCACAGAUGGCAGUCGUGGUGAACCUGGAGAGACAGGAGCUAAAGGUGAUAGAGGGUUUGAUGGCUUACCUGGUCUUCCUGGAGACAAAGGCCACAGGGGAGAACCAGGAAAACGAGGACCUGUUGGUCCACUUGGAGAGAUCGGAGAAAAAGGUUCAGAGGGGCAGCCAGGGCCCAGAGGGCAACCAGGAGAGCCCGGCUUGCAAGGGUUAACUGGACAGAGAGGACUUCCUGGGCCUACAGGACAGGCUGGCAUUCGUGGGGUUAAUGGAGUUCAAGGGGCAAAGGGUAACAUGGGACCACCAGGGGAAUCUGGAGCACCGGGGCAACAGGGAAAUCCAGGAAUCCUGGGCUUUCCAGGGCCUCAGGGGCCAAUUGGAGUACCAGGACAGAAGGGACCUCAGGGGAAGAAAGGAAUGAAGGGACUGCCUGGUACUGAUGGCCCUCCAGGUCACCCAGGAAGAGAAGGACCCCCAGGAGAGAAGGGCCUACCGGGUUUGAUAGGAGUUCAGGGCCCUGUCGGUUACCCCGGACCCAGAGGUGUGAAGGGAGCUGAUGGUCUUCGAGGGUUGAAAGGAAGUAAAGGUGAAAAGGGUGAAGAUGGCUUCCCUGGGGCUAAGGGUGAGAUGGGUGUCAAGGGAGACAGUGGAGACACUGGACCUACGGGUAUGCGUGGAGAGGAUGGUCCAGAAGGAUUGAAGGGUCAGUCCGGGCCAUUGGGAGAUGCAGGGCCAUCUGGCAUUGCAGGAGAAAAGGGUAAACUUGGGGUUCCAGGGUUGCCAGGGUACCCAGGACGGCAGGGACCAAAGGGAGCUGAUGGUUUCCCAGGGCCUGUGGGUGUAAUAGGAGAGAAGGGCAGAAAGGGCCCUCCAGGCCAGCCAGGUGCUGCAGGAGAGAGAGGUCCCUAUGGUGCUCGGGGAGCGAGAGGUGCAAGAGGACCCACUGGAAAAUCAGGAGAGAAGGGCUCUGCAGGUCAUGAUGGACCCCUGGGACCAACAGGAGAGAGAGGCCCCCAAGGGCCUCAGGGUCGUGUAGGAGAGAUUGGUCCAAAAGGAGCAAAUGGUCCUGCUGGCAAAGACGGCUUGCCAGGUCAUCCAGGCCAGAGGGCGGAGCCAGGUUUUCAAGGGAAGACAGGGCCUCCAGGACCUGCUGGAGUGGUCGGACCACAGGGGAAGACUGGGGAAACCGGGCCAAUGGGAGAAAGAGGUCACCCAGGAACCCCAGGACCACCUGGAGAGCAAGGUCUGCCUGGAGCAGCAGGAAAAGAGGGGGCAAAGGGAGACCCUGGAACUACUGGAACUCCAGGGAAAAGUGGUCCGCCUGGAUUGAAAGGAUUCCGUGGUAGUCGUGGAGCACCAGGCUCUAUGGGGCCAGCUGGUCUGAAAGGAGGGGAGGGUCCUACAGGGACUUCUGGUUCUACUGGUUCUACAGGUGAGAGGGGCCCUCCUGGUCUGGCUGGUGCAAUUGGUCAGCCAGGACGUACUGGAACUAUUGGUGGGCCUGGACCAAUGGGAGAGAAGGGAGAACCAGGAGAGAAGGGUCCCAUUGGCCCAGCUGGGCAAGAUGGAGACCAGGGGCCUGUGGGAUUGCCAGGAGCCACAGGUCCUCCAGGACCACCAGGAGAGGAUGGAGACAAGGGUGAAACAGGAGGUCCAGGACAAAAAGGCAGCAAAGGAGACAAAGGAGAACCAGGACCUCCAGGUCCAGCAGGAACCCAGGGACCAGAAGGUCAGCCAGGAACAAUGGGUGUGGAUGGAGAACCUGGUCCACCAGGCCAGCAGGGCAUGUAUGGCCAGAAAGGAGAUGAGGGACUCCGGGGCUUUAAAGGCGCCACAGGACCAGUGGGCCUACAGGGAAUGCCAGGACUUACAGGAGAGAAGGGGGAGAGUGGACAUGCUGGACUUAUUGGCCCGCCAGGUCAGCAUGGUCCCAGAGGGCCUCAGGGUCCCAGUGGAGGACAGGGUCCUCCAGGUAGAACCGGAGUUCGAGGUCAGCCUGGUGCAGUAGGAGAGAAGGGGGAGGAUGGUGAGUCAGGUGAUCCUGGUCCUGUUGGUGUUUCUGGAAGCACUGGAGGGAAAGGUGAUCAGGGGGAGAAAGGAGAUACUGGAUCCCCAGGUGCUGGAGGACCUCCUGGAGCCAGAGGUGCACCAGGAGAGGACGGAGCCAAAGGAAACUCAGGUCCUAUUGGUGUCACUGGAGACCCAGGACCUCCUGGAGAGCCCGGAAUUGAUGGUAUUGAUGGAGGUCCUGGGUCAAAAGGAGAUAAUGGAGAACCCGGAAAAGCUGGUCCUCCAGGAGCUUCUGGGGAACCUGGUCCACCAGGACGACCAGGGCGAAGGAGUCAUUUAGGCCCACCAGGAAAACAGGGGAAGCCUGGUUUGAAAGGAGAUAAGGGUGCUCUCGGCUAUGAGGGUGUCAUCGGGAAGACAGGUCCAGUGGGCAGGCAAGGGAACCCUGGGAAGGCGGGUCCCCAGGGACUCCCUGGUAUCCCAGGACCAACGGGAGAGCAAGGCUUGAAUGGCCCCCCAGGUCAGACAGGUCCUCCAGGGCCUUUGGGUCCCUCUGGUCUGCCAGGUCUGAAGGGAGACCCUGGCAGAAAAGGAGAAAAGGGUCAUACAGGACUGAUUGGUCUGAUUGGUCCUCCGGGUGAAAUCGGAGAAAAAGGAGAUCGAGGCCUGCCUGGAAAUCAGGGUGUUCAGGGACCCAAAGGAGAUCAGGGUAGAGUGGGAUUUGCAGGACCCAGUGGUGCCCCUGGCCUGACCGGCCUCUCUGGAUCUGUUGGACAGAAAGGGUCAAAGGGAAACCAGGGACCAGUCGGACCUCGAGGAGAUCAAGGACCUCCUGGCCCUCCAGGACCUCCAGGCUUGUCAACUGAAGGAAUGUCUUCUCACCCCCUGCUGGAUGGAAGCAGGAUACGUAGGCAUUACUCUCAGGUGGAUGGGGCAUCUCUGGAGGGUGAAGAGAUGGAAGAUGAGAUGGAGGAGGAUGUGCAGGCUGACGCGCCGGGUGGAGAGAGGGACAUGGAGGAGGUGUUGGCAUCACUGACAUCUAUGAGGACAGAGGUGGAGGGCAUGAGGAACCCACUGGGCACAUUCCACAGCCCUGGCCGUACAUGCAAGGAGCUCUGGAUGUGUCACCCUGACUACCCUGAUGGUGUGUAUUGGAUUGAUCCAAAUCAGGGUUGCCACAGAGAUUCCGUUAAGGUCUACUGUAACUUCACAGGAGAAGGGGAGACCUGCCUGCAACCCCACAGCAAGUUCCAGAUGGUGAAGAUGGCGGCCUGGAAUAAGGAGAAACCUGGAACUUGGUACAGCCAUUUCAGGAAAGGCUCACAGUUCUCUUAUAUGGAUGCUGACGGUAACCCAGUACAUAUAGUGCAGCUCAGUUUCUUGAAGUUGUUAAGUGCUACAGGUAGACAGACGUUCACCUACCUGUGCCAGAACUCUGCUGGCUGGCUUGAGAGCGCCACCCUCAGCCACACACAUGCACUGCGCUUUAAGGGUGGCAAUGGUGAAGAACUCACACAGAAAAAUGCCCACUACAUCCAGCCCAGCUACGACGGCUGCCAGAGACGACUGGGACGAGAGCGCACCGUACUGGAGGUCAACGCCCCAGAUUCAGACAUCCUCCCCAUCACUGAUGUCGCCAUUUCAGAUUUUGGAAAUCCAAAGCAGAAAUUUGGUUUUGAGGUCGGGAUGGUGUGUUUUAAUGGCUAAUGGUGCCUGGAGAGGAUGGAGGAUAUUUAUCAGAGCGGAGAGACAAAGACUUUACAGAUGUCACGUGUUUCGUAUUUAUGCAGCCCUGUUAGUGGAUUGCUGCCAGGUGCUUCUGUUUUAAUUUUUUAUUCUUUUUACAGUGGCAGUAAGUAGGUCCUGAAGUGUGAUCAUGUGACCACGAGCUCCAUAAAUCAUCACACACACAC